AUGACAGCGAAUGCUAUCAGCCCCUGGGACGACACUGCGCAGACGAUCCACGACAGAUUUCCAGGUCUGAGUGGAAAAGGCCUGAUGCAGAUGGUUCGCCGCGUGUACAACGCCACGCCCGACGUCUUCAAUGCGAAUUUCUUCGAGAACGUGAACGGACAGAAAGUGCAGAUGAUCUUCCGCCACCCUGUAAAUGACAGGGACCAGGGGGAGGCCAGGCAGAAGUACAUCAGCGCGAUCAAGGAUGACGGCGUCAUGGAGGAGUGCCGGAGCGACAUCGUAGGGGUCUAUCUCACGGACGAGGAAGUUCGGGCGGCUGCCAAGAAAUAUCACAAGUCAGGCACGGAGGUUGAGAUGUUGAGGAGUUGGACGCCUUCACCCAGACCGAGCCUCGAACGUCUUUACCUCUUGGCGGGCGCCACCCUGAUAGAGGCAGCUUACAUGGCUCAUGCAGAGGCGCCCGAGUUGCCGAACGUCAAACUGACCAUCGAGACAGGAGUGAAGGUCAGCCUUCUCGAGUCGAGAUCGCCACCGGACGCUCUGGUGUACGUCGUGCACGAGCUGAAUGACAAGAACGCGCUCUUCACGCAAACGAACGUCAUCCAACUCUACAAAUUGUGCCCAACGAUCGAGACGCACUGGAGGCGGGACCGGAAAGCCAAGCGCCUCGCAGGAGAUGCGGACAAGAAGAAGAAGACGGAGAAGCUGCAGGAGAAGAAGCAGGGCAGGAGGGGGCUGCUGGAGAAGAAGCUGACGGAUCCACCACAAGCCUCUCAGGCGGGCCUCGAGACAGAGUGCAAGGCCUUCCUGGAGAAGCAUUACCCGAAACGCUUCAAAGCCUUCGACGCCUUCAAGCUGGCCCGCAACUUCAAAUCCGAACUCGCGAAGCUUGGCCUCUGGGACAGGUACCAGAUUUGGGCAAACAAGAAUGUCACGUGGAGCGACCCGAGCAUCAUCAAUAACAACGUCUUCCGUAACAACUCGAUUAUCUUGAAGGCUUUCCAGAAGAUAAUUCCCAAUGAUGAAUGGGGCGAUCGCAGCAGCGAUGACCUCCUGACGGUGCUCAAGCUUGUCCUGCCGAAUAGCGAGGCGACCUUCAGCAUGGAUUGCAAAGGCGACGCGCAGAAGAUCCACUUCUUGUUCGUCCCAGUGGAUGAGACUCCAGAGACUGUGACCAUCACCUUCCUGAACGACGUGCGACGCGCCAUCGACAUCGCAGUCCACGGCAAGGAGCGCAUGCACGACAAUAUCGAGGUCCAGCGCUUGAGCGACGACUCCAGCAGCGGCAUGUCAGAUGAGGAGCCUGGGACGGUGGAAGUAGGGCUGCAGAUCACGGACUUGCUGGCCCGCGAGCCCAAGCUUUUGUCUAGCGCGUUGGCGUUGGCAGCGGAGAUCCCAUCGUUGUCUGACAAGAACGCUCCUCCCUUCGAGUCUAUGUCCAUCCCGCUGCUGAAGAAGACUGUCGGCCCGGUGAGCAAGGCCAUCGGGAUCAUGUGGCAGCGGAUUACAAACCCGCGCGACGAGGAUGUCCAGAAUCUCCGAGCGGCCUCCUCCAUCAGCGAGGCCGCAGACAUCAUGCUGACCUUGAUCACGGACGCCGUCUGGGCUACUUUCAACCCGAGUGUCAUCGAGCUUGGCACGUACUGCUACGCAACAGUCAAGGGCGACAGUGACCAGAGGGACCAGAAGCAGCCUCCGGUCUGGCCCAGCAUUUCGAAGCUCGAGGAGUUCCUGAAGAUGGGGGCCGUCUGCGUGAAACUUCUGUUUGGGGAGUUGCUUGAAUCCUUCGACGAAUUGAAGAUCGAUCAGAAGGUGAGCGCUGACAUCCGCAAGAGCAUUCCCUUGGUGAACGCCUUCGCCACUCGCUGCCCCGAAGCCGUGUCGGCCAUCGACUGCAACAAGAUCCAGAAGAAGGAGUGGACGGUUGCGUGGAAGAGCAUCUUCAUGAACGCCCAGAACUUGACGUCUGAGGAGUUCGCAGGAGACAAGGACGACAAGUUUUACAAGGAUCUCGAAGUCACCAUGAAGAGCAAGGUUUCCAAGUAUCCCAAGGCAUUCCUGGAGACCGAUUUCAAGAAGAAGCUGUCUAGCCACAUCACUAUCGAGAAGGACCUGGCAAAUAAGGAGAAGCAUGAGGCCAUGAUCAAGCACCUCGCCGCAUAUGAAGUCAACGAGGUUCGCAAGAAGACGGACGCAAUUGAGAAGAUGUGGAAGGAUACCAUCUCAGCGGUGAUGAUACAGGAGUCUGGGGGGCACGACGGAAUCCUCGCGGAAGAAGUUGCGUCACAAGUCGAUGAGGCAAUGGAGGCCGUGACUACGAACGCCAGCGAUGAGAAGACACUGGUGCAGUUCCCUACCUACGGCACGUCCGAAACAAGUGCAAGUCUGAAGGCAACAGUCUGGAACCCUACCGUCUUUUCGCACGUGACAACGGCCGCUGCCUUUGACGAGUGGUCCUCCGGGCGCAUGAACGACACUGGCGAAGGCGACCUGGCGAUCAAGAUUAGGAACGGAACGGCAUCUAGGCUCUACGCUAACAUUCAGAACGCCAUCGGCCAUGAUCUCAAAUUCCAUCUUCCUGGCAGGUUCAGCACAUCUACCGUCGGUUCACUGGGCUACAAGGCCGAGGCCAAACUGCUGACUGAAAAGUCCUCCGAGAACUCUGGAAGAAGUGCGAUGACGUCGGUCGGGGCUGUGCGCGGUCAGUGCGUGCCUGGUUGGAUGGUGCGGGUCGUCAACCUUCGCAAAGGUGCCCGCGUGCAGCCAGGAGAUGAGAAGUACGAGAUCCCAACUAUGAUCGAAGGGCCCCCUGCCGAGGUAAAUGUCAUUAGCAGUGACGAGAAAACCAAGUUCCAGGUAUUUGUGAAGAGCUUGGUUCCGAAUCCUACCUACCUCCAGAUCGCAUUGAAUGACGAGGAGCAGAAGAGGCUGGAACGCGAGAUUAUGGACAAAAGUAAGUCAGAUAAGUCAGAGAAGUCAGAUAAAUCAUUUAAGAAACGCACUUUUCACUCCAUGAUGGCCGAGCUGACCCGCAACCCCUUCGACGAGGAAGUCGACAUGGCCGCGAUUGCCUUGGGGAAAAACCGCCAGAAAGCUGCCGAGUCGGAACUGAAGAAGGAGGUGAUUCUCAACGAGGUGGACGCAGACGUGGACGCAGAUGCGCCUGUCAUCACCAAGGAAAUGGCCCACCACCUCUUGUAA